CUGGUUUGCAGAACGGAGGAGCCACUGUCAACGGAGAUGUCUUUCAGGAGUCCAACGGCCCCACAGAUGCCUACGCAGCCAUAGCCAAGGCUGACCGUCUGACCCAGGAACCUGAGAGCAUCCGCAAGUGGAGGGAGGAGCAGAAGAAGCGUCUGGAGGAGCUGGGUGAGACCCACGGCCGUGAGGAGUGGAAUCUGCGUCAGAAUGAGCAGAUGGAGAAGAACCGGGCAAACAACAGGAUCGCUGACAAAGCCUUUUACCAGCAGCCGGACGCCGAUGUGAUUGGCUAUGUGGCCUCGGAGGAAGCAUUCCUGAAGGAGUCCAAGGAGGAAACCCCAGGCUCUGAGUGGGAGAAGGUAGCCCAGCUCUGCGAUUUCAAUCCCAAGAGCAGCAAGCAGAGCAAGGAUGUGUCCCGGAUGCGCUCGGUGCUCAUCUCCCUCAAACAGACGCCCCUGGCUCGCUAGCUGCCGCCUGGCACAGCCGGGAGCAGGGCAAGGCCAGGCUCGCCGGUCUCGUGGGGCCAGCCCCGCCUGCUCCCUGGUGUGCACCUCGGCUCUGCUCGAGUCACGGGUUGUAACUCCCCCCAUGGUUUUCCUUUGCUUAAAAGGUG